CCCCUCUACCCAACCCCCUGUGUACCUGUUGCCCAGCUUAAACAGUUGCCAAUUUAUGGUUAAUCUUGCUUUGGUAUCCCUCCCACUUUCCCCUUCCCUAGGGCCAUAGUGAAGUGAAUCCAGGCAUACGGUUUUGUUUAUAAAUAUUUAGCUUGAAUAGCCAAAGAGACAAGAAGUCACACACAAAAAAACACCAUUUUUCACCUACAAAAUUAACAUCCAGUUAGUGUUCAAAUUCAUCUAUAAGUGUUUUUUCGUUAUAGUUUACUUGUUGAUUUAGUAUGAAAAUAAACUUUAUACAUUGGAAUUGUUAUGUUGUUUCUUAAUUCCCUUUUAUUCUGAGAUUUCCCUGCUUGCUCCAUUUUUUUCCCCUUGAAGUGAAUGAAAUCCUCAGUGUGAGUGUUCAGAAUGAGAAUAAGAGGGCCAAAGAUAGGACUUCUGAGGAACGUGAAGACAUGAACUCUGCCUUUGAGGAAUUUAUGGAUCUUAAACAUCCUUAUAUAGAAACAAGACCAUAAAGUAGUACAUCAAGCCACACAGUAGUAUGGCCUGCAGGAAAUAGCACUGGUAUGGUAGUAGAGAGGACCUGGAUCUAAUCCUGUCUCCUGCUAACUAGCUCUUGAAGUCAUUUUUCUUUCGGGGUCAUGGUUUUCUUCUGUUAAAUAGAGGAUUAAGUUAAAGAUCCUUUAAAUUCUAUGAUUUCUUGAGGCAUUCAAACAGCAAGUAUGAAGGCGCUCAUUCAAUUAUUUAAUGACAAUUAUUGUACACUUGUGCUAGGGAUACACCAGCAAAUUGAUGUCCUUUGCUUUCUGGAGCAUAUGAUACAAUGGUGAAAAUCAUUUGAAAUUGAUAAGGAACAGGCAGAGACACAGCAUGAAUGUAAGUGUGGGGAGAAAGGUGCUAGAUUUAUUCGAGGCUAUAGAGUCUAGAUUUACCUACCUGGAACAAAGGAUUGUGUAGAGGAAUAGAGAGGUAAGGAAAAGAAAUAUUUGUUGAAAACCUACCAUAUGCUCACCAUCUCACAUGUUAUUUUAAUUCAUGCAGCUAUGCCUGUGAGAUAGAUGCUAUUCACAUUUUAUAGACGAAGAAAUUGAACCUCCGGUUAAGUAAUUUGCUUAAGGUCACCCAGCAAAUUAAGUGACAGGACAAGAAUUGAAAGCUGAAUUUUUAAGCCUCCAUUUUUAUUUUAUGAAUAUUUGAUCCAAAUAUGAUCCAAAUAUUGCCAUUUGUUGUAUAUACUGAUGACUCUUUUUUUCUCUGCAGGGAAUGGGCAGGUGACUAGCAUGGUUCAGCUACCAGGUGGGAGAUUCCAGAUGGGAACAAAUUCACCAGACAGCAGAGAUGGUGAAGGGCCUAUCCGGGAGGUGACAGUAAAACCCUUUGCCAUCGACAUAUUUCCUGUCACCAACAAAGAUUUCAGGUACCUCUACUGCUGUGCCGCAGGGCUCUAUGACCUCGUGGGCAACGUGUGGGAGUGGACAGCUUCCCCAUACCAGGGUGCUGGUCAGGACAUGCGUGUCCUCCCGGGGGCAUCCUGGAUCGACAGAUCUGAUGGCUCUGCCAAUCACCGGGCCCGCAUCACCACCAGAAUGGGCAACACUCCAGAUUCAGCCUCAGACAACCCGGGCUUCCGCUGUGCUUCCGGUGUAGGUCGACUGCCUGGGGAGCUUGAGCAGCCAUGUAGAGCCAAGGAGAAGAGUCCUCUAUGGUACCCAUGCCACUCACUGGUGACAUUCCAAACACAGCCAAACUCCAGGCUCUUCAACUUCAGCUUCAGGAGUGACCUCCUUCCCCUUCCUCCAGCCCUCUGUGACAGGCACCUCUCACCAGGACAAGUGAGGCCUCUGACCACAGAGGAGGGGUGCCACUGUCUCUUGGGGAAGUGCCCCAACUUACUAAUAGUGGCUGGGAGCUGGGUGUUUCUCUGAGGGGCCAACUAACCCAAUAGGGGCCAAGUACUCAGAUAAUUGGGGCACAGUACUCUGAAAGGCAGUUUGGUAAAAGAUUUUAUUUCCUUUAUUUUAUUUUUUUUUAGCUGAGCCAUCCUGUGGUAAAAGAUUUUAAAUCUGUUCCCUCCCCCUUACUCGGUGUCUGACUCAGGGAUCUGACAUUGUUUUUUCAAGGCAGAAUUUCCCUGGUUCUCUUGGUUUUCCCAGCAAAUUGCUGUAGAAAGAAAACCCUUCGUUCGUUUGCCUCAUUUAUAGUGUUUCAUGUGCCUCUGAAGGAAACUAAUUUCCACUUUCUGUAUGUAAAAUGUAGCAGUGUGGGCUCAUUAAAGCACAAUAUCAGUUUCAAAGGAUCUAGGAGAAUCGAAUAUUUGCCCGGCGAAACUGCAUCUGGGACUCACAAAAUAAAUAAUACUCCAGAAAGACAGAUAUCAGAAGUUUCUCUUUGUAUUGUUGAUUAUGUCAGG